AAGAAAAAUAAACGAUAGGAAUCGGAGCGUUAUGGAACCCUUAAAUCAGGGAUUCGAUAAUUUUUAUUUUCAAGUGCUAAUGUCAAUAAUUGUUUAUAGCCGAAGAUAUUGUUGGUUUAACAAAAUGACAGCUUCACAUAGUCUCAAAAACAACCCAAAGUAGCCUUUGUUAUUGACCAACUAUUUGCGAAAGUGAGGAGUUUCAUACAAAAUAUAAAGUAACAUAUAAUGGAUGAAAAUCAUCCAUUUGAUUUUCCAAUUCAAGAAAAUAAUCUCCCGACACUUGAAAGUAUUUUAAAUGAGGAUGAUAACCUGUUUAAUUUUGAUGACUUUAAUUCUGAUAUAUGCAUUGGAAUUUCAGAGGCUAAUAGAAAAAUAGAUGAUGGGACAUACAGCUUAGCUAGUAUAACUUUGCCACUUCCAAAAUUAAAUAUUAAUGAUAUAUCAAAAAAUAAAAAAUCAAGAAUUCACGGGUCAAUUUUGCGUCAUGUAAUGUUAAAAAAAAUUUCUUCACAAAUGACAGAUGCAUGUGAUCGAAGAGAUGCUGGUCUUCCAUCAUCAAUAGCAGUUUCAAAUAUUAUUGCUGUUGGAAUGUCACAUGGACUGGUAUUAGUGUUUGAUCCAUCUGAUCAAGCUAUGAAGUAUGUGUUAGGGAGUAAUGCUGAUGGUUUGAAUUAUGGUGCUGUAACAUCACUUGGAAUUAAUGUUGAAUGCACACGCUUGUUAUGUGGAUAUGCUCGUGGUGAAAUUACAAUGUGGGAUUUAUUAACAGGAAAUUGCUUGCGUAUUAUAAAAGAUGCCCAUCCAGUUGGGUAUGCUGUUCUUCACAUACAUUUCACUGAUGACCCAACUCUUGCAUUAUUUAGUGACAGCAGUGGGUCUGUUUAUAGUCUCAGCUUUAAACGAUUGUUAAUGAGAACUGCUGAAUCCACCUGUUUCUUUUCAGGAAGUAAAGGUGAAGUAUGUAGCAUACUCCCACUGCAUAUAAAAUCAAACUUUAAAGAUCAUUUCAACAACUCUUCACUUUUGGCAAUGGCAACUUUAACUAAACUGAUUGUUGUAAAUUUGAAACCAACACCAGUUGCAAUAUACACAAAAAAGCUUACUGGACCAAGUGAAUGUUUACCUUUAUUAAUUUGGAGUUUUAUAAUUUCAGAAUUAGAAGAUGGACAAAGAAAUGUAUAUCCUGUUUUAAUGUUUGGUCGUAACCAAACAAUUAUAUCCUUCAGAGUAUUUAAAGUAGACGAAUUAACUUGCUUUGAAGAAUUAUAUAGUAUAAAAUUAAAUCAUACCCUUGUUGCUAUGUCUUGUUUAAAUUCUAAAAUUAUUGUAACCAUUGAUAAAUUUGAGUGUAUACGGACAAUUGAUAUAAAUACUCAAGAAGAGUUGGAGUGUUUAGAUAUAAGCAGUGUAAACUUAGUUUAUGGAAGCAGUUACUUUAAAUCGUUAGCAACUGGUGGUAAUGUUAGUCUGGCAUUAAAAGCAGCUAGUAGUUAUGCAUGUUACCAAUCAGUUCAAGUUUUUAACAGCCAAUUAAUUCUACUUGGAUCAAAAUCAAUUCAUUGUUUGACUAUACGCUUUUGGAGAGAUCGUUUAGAUUUUUUCAUUAAGCAAAAUGAUUAUAUCGAAGCUCUCCAGCUUGCGCACUUAUUUUUUGAAGGUAAAGGAAAGGCUGUUAUUGGUCUAACCGGUAGCAUUGAAGAUAAAAAAAAAGUUGUUGGAGAUGAAAUUAUAAGUAUUCUUCUUUUGUAUCUUGAUAUGGCAAUGACAAUAAAUUGUCCUAAAACAAGCGAUGGUAAUUCUCUUUCUAUUUAUUUUCGGAGUUUAAUACCAAUCACAAUAGAAAGCUGUUUGCUUACAGGAAAUCUUGAGAUUUUAUUUAAUGAUAUAUAUGAGCGGUUUGUUGAUGAUGAAAUAGCAAGGAACGAAUUUCUUGAAGGACUAGAACCUUAUAUAUUGGAUAACAAAUUAACUUACCUCACUGCUAUUGUUAUACGUGAUUUAAUUGAGCAUUAUGAAAAAUCUGGUAAAUUAGAAAAGCUUGAAAGGUGUCUUGUUCAUUUGGAUUUAGCUAGUGUUGAUAUUGAUUAUCUAGUAAAGUUAUGUUGGAAUUAUAAUUUAUAUGACCUUCUAAUAAAUGUUUAUAAUAAGGGUUUAAAAGAUUAUCAUACCCCGUUUGAGAAACUUAUUAAGUUAGUUCAAGAGUAUUUACAAAAUGGCAGUAAUUCUGAAAUGUAUAUCAGUUUAGGCAAUAAAAUUUUAGUUUACUUGAAUUGUUGUUUAGCAGGCAAUCAAUAUCCUAUUGGAAAAAUUGAUGACAACAUUGUCAAUGAAGUCAAAGAAAGGAUUUUCAAUUUGCUCACCAAAAAGAAAUCCGAACUAAGAUCUGAAAAUUCUGAAAUCUAUCCUUAUAUUAGAACUCUUUUGUUAUUUGAUACUCGAGAAUUUUUAAAUGUUUUGUUCAUUGCAUUUGAAGAAAAAGAGUUUGAUAGUAACAAUCUAAAUGUUGCUGCCAGUUUAUUAUCAAAGCGUCAAAAAAUUAUUGACAUUUUACUUGAGGUAAUGCUUAAUGAUAAAGUUUUCUCUCCGUUUCAAUUAGGGUGUUUAUUUACAUUUAUUGCUCGACAAAUGGCAAAACAAGAAAACUCAAUUCGUGUCAGUAAAAAGUUGUUCUCGCAGGUAUUGGAAUUUUUGACAGAUGUGCACAAUGAAAAGGAACAUGAUGAAAGAGAACAAGCAUUAAUUGAACUUUUUUCUGCAGGUGGACUUAAUCAGUAUGAUGAUGAGUAUGUAUUGGCUUUGGCUGAGUCAGCAAAAUUUUAUCGUGUUUGUGAGAUUAUCUAUAGCAAAAAGAAACAAUACCAAAACGUAUUAUUUUGUUAUUUGCGUGAUCCAGCAAGACAAAACCUAGCAUUUUUUUACAUAGAUGAGAUGCUAUCUAACGAUUCUUUUACUGAUUUUGAAAAAGAAGAAUUUUCUGUAGCAGUACUUGAUUCUAUGGACAAACUAGUGGAGAUAAACAGCAUAAAGUUUGCUCGUCUGAUUAUUGCUAAUUUUCCUUCCUCAUUCAACAAAGUAGCGACAAACCUAAACAAUCGUCCUGAAAUUCAGUAUAUGUUUCUUAAAGGGGUGUUUCAAGAUAAACCUGAUUUAUUAAAAUCAAAUAAAAAAAAUAGUAUAGAUGUUAAAUCAAGCAUUCAUGUGAAGUUUAUAUCAUUGAUGUGUCAGUAUGAACCGCAAUGUGUGUAUAGAUAUUUGCAAGGCGCAGAAAACUAUGAUCUCCAAGAAGUUUUGUCUAUUGUUCAACAAGAAAAACUAGUAAAUGCAGCAUCAUAUUUGUUAGAGCGACUUGGUGAUGUUCAUGGUGCUUUUAAGGUGCUAUGUGAUGACUUAUUCUCUAAAGUUCAAAUAUUAGACACUUGCUAUCGGGAGGAUAAUAUGGAAGAUAAGGUAAAAAAUGCACUAGUUGAUGUAGAUUUAGCUUUAAAAGAUUCUAUAAACUUAUGUGAAAGAAAUUCUGGAAAACUUGACAGUGAUCAACGUGAAAUGUUAUGGUUUCCACUAUUAGAGACAGUGAUGGCGCCUCAGCGUCAUAUUAGUAACACCAGCUCAGCUCAUUUUCUUGUGUUCAAAGAGUUAACAAAAGAUGUGUUGACUAAUAUGAUGGCUUACAUAUCGCUUCCAGCAAUUCUUCAGAAAAUUAUGAGAGAUCCUGCAUACAAUACAGGAAAAUUCGGCGAAAUAAAGGAAUUUAUUCUCGGAAUGUUGGAUACUUAUAACUAUGAAUUGACACUCCUAGAAACAACUAAUAGUUUGCUGGGUAAAGAUCUUUAUAGCCAAUAUGAACAAGAAAAAAAAAUUUUAUCUCGGGGAAUCAGGCCUUCACAAUAUAUAUGUAUACUGUGCGCACGUGAGUUAAAUAAAGACUAUUCAUCUGAUUUUAAAGCGAUCUUAUUUCGCUGUGGUCAUGCGUACCACAAUUCUUGUUUACAAGGAUCAGUUGGUUUUGAUCAGGAAUUAGUAUGUGUUCAGUGUAGUAAAGGAAGCAUUGCAAGGACAAGAAAUCACUGCCAUCCGGAAUAUCCUAAAAAAUUGCCACCAAAAAAGCCUCAAAGCAAAAUCAAAAAUGAUCAGGUUCACUUGACUCAGCAGCAAAUUGAUGCCUUGAAUAUUUUAAACAGUCAAUCAAACGAAUCUACGUUUUCUAUUUUAAAUAAAAUUAUGAACCAAUCAAAUCGCAACUUAAAUUCAAACAUGCCUUAUAAUAAGAGUUCUAUCGGUCAAUCGUUAAGAAAUACGGCAACCGUCUCUAAAAACGAUACGUUUUCGCUGAAGUUAUCGCCUCCUUUUUAAUAAGUUUUUCUAUAUCUUUUUUUAUAAUUGUUUUUAAAUUACUUUUAAUUUAUUUAAUAAAUGAAAUCUUUCUAAAAAAUUCAAAAUACGUGUCUGUAUUUAAGCUAAGUAAUUGUGAAGGGUAGAUGAAAUAACUAGGAUUAGAUGGGAGAUGGGAAAAGAGAUAAUACAAUACA